UUUCUCAGUAGGCUGGAAACCACAUUACUGCUUCCUCUUUGUAGUUAGAGCACAAUAUUUGUCACCCAGCUUCCAAGCAACUUCAUUGACGCCGCCCGGAGAGGCCUCAACUGGUCCAAAUGGCACGCAUCCCACACAUGGCAUCUUUCUUUCUCUUUCUGACUAAGCUCAGCAUUGGCCAGAGAGAAGUAACAGUUCAGAAAGGACCACUGUUUAGAGCUGAAGGUUACCCUGUCAGCAUUGGCUGCAAUGUAACUGGCCACCAGGGCCCUUCUGAGCAGCACUUCCAGUGGUCUAUUUACCUGCCGACAGCCCCAGAACAGGAAAUCCAGAUUGUUAGCACCAAGGAUGACAGCUUCUCCUAUGCACGGUAUGCACAGCGAGUGCGAAGUCGGGAAAUCUAUGUGGAGAGGGUCCAGGGCAACUCAGUCUUGUUAUACAUCUCAAAGCUCCAGAUGGAGGAUGCCGGCGAGUAUGAGUGUCACACACCCAACACUGAUGGAAAAUACUUUGGGAGUUACAGUGCGAAGGCUAAUCUAACUGUUAUUCCAGAUACUCUCUCGGCCACCAUGAGUUCUCAGACUCUGAAUAAGGAAGAAGGUGAGCCGUUAGAACUUACCUGUGAGGUAUUCAAAGCCACAGCUCAACAUACCCACCUCUCUGUCACCUGGUAUGUGAUGCAGGAGGGAGAAAGAAGCCAAGACACCAAGAUUAUUUCCCUCUCCAGAGAUUUCAUGCUGAUCCCUGGGCCCUCAUACACAGAGAGAUUUGCAGCAGGUGAUGUGCGGCUCGACAAGCUUGGGGCCACUACCUUCAGACUGUCCAUAGGGAGACUCCAGCCCUCAGAUCAAGGCCAGCUGUUCUGCGAGGCAAUGGAAUGGAUUCAGGACCCAGAUGAAACCUGGACUUUUAUUACUAAAAAGCAGACAGAUCAAACAACAUUGAGGGUCCAGCCUGAAGUGAGAAAUUUUCAAGUCAACAUGACAGCUGAAAGCACGUUUGCUGAAGGGAAACCUUUGGAACUGGUCUGCGUGGUGGUGGGCAGCAGCCGGGAUCCCCAGCUUCAGGGCGUUUGGUUCUUCAAUGAUAUUGAAAUUGCCAGCGUUAAUGCUGGUGGAGUACUGGGCCUGGAGAAAGGCUACAAAGAAAGAGCAAGUCAAGGACAGCUGCAAGUUUCAAAGUUAAGCUCCAAGGCUUUUUCUCUCAAGAUCUUCUCUGCGGGCCCAGAGGAUGAAGGCGCCUACAGAUGUGAGGUGGCAGAGAUGGCGAGAGCUCGGAUGGGCACCUGGCAGGUGCUGCAGAAGAAGCAGUCACCAGACAGCCAUGUGCACCUAAGGAAGCCCACAGCAAGGAGUGUGGGCGUAUCUACCAAGAACCAGCAGCAGACAGUGUGGGAAGGAGAGGCGCUAACCCUCCUCUGCAAGGCAGAUGGAGCUGAAAGUCCUCUGUCGGUGAGCUGGUGGCACUUCCCAGUGGACCAGACACAGCCAGAGCUCGUGGCUGGCCUGGGGCAGGAUGGCACCAUGCAGUUGGGUCCCUCCUAUGGGGGACCCAGUAACCAUGGCAACAUAAGGCUGGAGAAGGUAGACUGGGCUACCUUCCAGCUGGACAUCACCUCCACUGCCGUCACUGACAGUGGGAUUUACGAGUGCAGAGUGUCUGAGAGGACCCGGAGUCAGGCCAGAGAUCUGAGCUGGUCUCAGAAGAUUUUGAUCACUGUAAAAUCUCUGGAAUCAAGUUUACAAGUGACUCUGAUGAGCCGUCAACCGCAAGUGAAAUUAGCUGACACCUUUGACCUGUCCUGCAUAGUGAGCGCUAAUUACUCUGAUCUCAAGGUACCACUCACCUUGACGUGGCAGUUUCAGCCGGCUGGGUCUCAAGACUUUCAUCAGCUUAUUCGAAUCACCCAUAAUGGUGCCAUUGAAUGGGGGAACUUCCUAUCCCAGUUUCAAAAGAAGACGAAGGUUUCACAGUCUCUGUUUCGUUCUCAACUACUCAUCCAUGAUGCCACAGAGGAAGAGGCAGGCAUGUACCAGUGUAAAGUAGAAGUUUAUGACAGAAAUUCCCUGCGCACGAACAGCCCUCCGAAGGCUACUGCUGUCUCUCAUCCAUUGAGAAUAGCCAUCACUUUACCAACGAGCAAGCUAAGAGUGAAUCUAAGCAGUCAAGUCCAGGAGCUGUUCAUCAACUCCAACGCUGAGAUAGAAUGUAGCAUCUUGUCCCUGUCCACAGGAAACCUUCACUUAGCUAUUAUUUGGUACUUUUGCCCCAUUUCCUCUAAUGAAUCCUGGCUGAAGAUCCUGGAAAUGAACCAAACCAAUGUCGUAAAAUACGGGGAUGAAUUUCAUACCCCAAAGAGAAAACAAAAAUUUCACACCGAGAAAGUUUCCCAGGGCUUGUUUCAGCUGCACAUUCUGAAUGUGGAUGAUGGAGACCAGGGCAGAUAUCACUGCACUGUGGAGGAAUGGCUCUUGUUGACGAACGGCACUUGGCACAAGCUUGGAGGAGAGAAGUCAGGACCAACGGAAUUGAAACUCAAGCCCACAGGAAGUAAGGUGCGAGUCUCCAAAGUGGGCUGGACAGAAAAUGCUACUGAGCACAGGGAGGUAGCCAUCCGCUGCAGCCUGGAGAGUUCAGGCAGCUCGGCCUCCCUCUUCUCAGUCAUGUGGUACUGGUACGGAGAAAAUUCUGAGAGUAAAAUGCUGGUGCAUCUGCAGCAUGAUGGCUUGCUGGAGUAUGGUGAAGAGGGGCUCAGUAAGCACCUGCACUGUUACCGGUCCUCCCCUACGGACUUUGUCCUAAAGCUCCACCGGGUGGAGAUGAAAGAUGCUGGAACGUACUGGUGCAAGGUGGCAGAAUGGCAGCUACAUGGAAACCCAAGCAAGUGGGUCAGUCAAGCGUCGGAUGAGUCACAGCCCAUGGUGCUCAAGGUGCUGCGUUCAGAGGCCACAUUUCCUUCCAGGAUCUGCUCUUCGGUACCUUUACUCUACUUCCUGUUCAUCUACCCCUUCGUCAUGUUCAUUCUUCUGCUCCUUUGCCUCCUCUGCUUAUACUCCAAGGCCAGGAAGUUAGCAACACUGAGUUCAAAUGCACGGAAAGAAAAGGCUCUCUGGGUGGACUUGAAAGGGGCUGGAGACAGGACCAGGAACAACAGAAAUGAAGAGGAAGAUGGAGAGGAAGACAACUGAAUCCUGGAAGAAACCCAAGGCCUGAUGGAAAAGAGUGUAGACUUUUGGACUGAGUGACCAGGCCAUGAAUGAAUCUAGUUCUUUUCUUUACUGUGUCUGCAGCUUUAGGCAAGUUACCUGAGUGUUAGAGGGAACAUUUACUGAGCACUUAUGGGUGCCAAAAAAAAAAACCCAAACCCGUUGCUGUCAAGUAGAUUCCAACUCAAAGCGACCCUAUAGGACGGAAUAGAACUGCCCCAUAGAGUUUCCAAGGAGUGCCUGGUGAAUUUGAACUGCCAACCUUUUGGUUAGCACCUGUAGCACUUAACCACUCUACCACCAGGGUUUCCUUCUGGGUGCCAGACCCUCUUAAUCGUGUCUUUGUGUAUGAUCUCAUCUACCCCCUUUUUUUUUUUUUAACCCUUGCAUCCCCCACCCCCCAUCAUGAGCUAGAUAGUAACAGUAUCUCGUAUUACUUUGCCACACCUCGUGGAGGUUCACAUUUCUCAUCCGGAAGAGGUGAGGUACCUCUCUCACGUAGUGGUGUGAAGAUUAAAUGAGAUCUUAGAGGUGAGGCCCUGGAUGGGUUCCCUUCUUCUCUCCUCUCUUGUGCCCCUGUUUCCUCUGGAAACCCUGUGAGUGGUCCUGUCACACAGGCUCUAGGUAAUCUUUUUCCUCUGGAUAAGAGGCGUAGGAAAGGACCUGAUGUCAGCAAGGCAAAAGGAAUUGGGAAUAUGCUCCUAUUUACAUCAGUUCAGCUUCCCCAACACGAAUGCACCUUCCUAUGGGAAAAUGGCAGAGCUGAGUAGUUGCCACAGAGAUGGUACAGCUCACAAAGCCUAAAAUAUUUACGAUGUGGCCCUUUGCAGAAAAGCUUUGUUAUUCUCUGCUCUAUUUUAAUGGUUAACAUUCUGUCUGUCUUAGCUUCCGGGCGGAGGGGGUUGGGGGACAGUGGGGAAGAAGGCAGAAUUCCAUUUUCUUCCCCCAUCCCAUCUACAAACGCUCACUCAAGAUUGGGCUCUGCACAGUAGGUGCUUAAUCAACAUUGGUUCUUUGACAAAACAAUAAAACAUUUUGUAGCCUGAGUUUUUUGGUUCUAUAAGACUUAUUAAAUCAGUGCUGAAGGAAACCUUUUUUUUUUUUUUUUCGUUUCAUGCCAUACUGUUCUAGCUGGCCCUCCAAGGUUGCAUAUCUUCCUUUUGUCCCCCCACCAAAAAGUCCAUCCGCUUCCUGUUUCUUCUCAGUACUAAUUGCCAUCCAAUCGAUACUGACUCACGCUGACCCCGUGUGCGUCAGAGUAGAAGCGGUGCUUGAUAGGGCUCUCGAUGGCUGAUUUUUCAGAAGUAACUCAUCAGGACUUUCUUCCGAGGCAUCUACGGGUUGACUCAAAUCUCCAACUUUUCAGUUAGCAACUGAGCAUGUUAACUGUUUGCACCAUCCAGGGACUCCCUCCUGGUUCUUAGCCGAUGCAUUAGUUUCUUUGACCUGCCAACGCUGAGUAGCAGGAAAGGUAGUUACUGGGGAGAGGAGAAGUUAACAGUGCCAACACUUUCCUAUUCCAGCAGGGGCUAGGGGUUCCAAGGGAGCCAAUGGGUCAAGUCUGGUUCUUCAGCGUCCCCUCUUCUCAGCCAGGAAGUCCAAGAAGUCAUCAUCAUCAUGGCUUAAGGCUUUCAACAACUUGCCCCCCCAGGGGGAUGAUUGUCCCCAUUGGGCUUAAGGCCCCCUCACUUUUGUUUCCAAAGCUGCUCAGGCCCUGUUGUAGCCAGAAUUGUAAAUCAAUCGGUGCUACCUAACAGACUUGAGAAAACACAUCUGUUUGUUGUCUAUGUGACCAGCAGGAUUGCUUUAACACUAGGUAAUUUGCAUUUCCAAAGAGAACAAUUUAUUUUUAAUUAUUUUAUCAGGCACACACGUCCUCUCCAAACAUAAUUAGUUCCUUUGCAAGGGGAUUAUUGGUGGCUAUAAGAACUCCCACUAUAGACCUACUGGUUCCUUAAAUUCAUCUCCCUUUACAGCCUCAUCUGAAACGCCAAAUGUUUCUUAAACAUGUCAACACAUUUGUUUCUGCUCUCCCAUGUAAAGGGGCAGACAACAAAGCUAAAAUUAAGACUUCUUAAGAAAAUAUGAUGGCCCUUCUUAUCGCAUUUUUUUUUUUUUUUUUUUUAGAAAACUCUAUUUUAAUUGGGAUUUUGAAGAGGAAGGGAAACAGAACUGGCAUCCUUGCCAAAGAAUCAUAGAUUCUGGUGCUGCCCUCUGCCUGGAGUACCCUUUCCCCGAAGCCCUCACACCUCUUGUAACCUGGAUCCCACGUUUCUGCUCUUAGCUCAAACACCACUUCUUUAUGUUUGAAUCCAGGAGAGAUUGCACAGAGGAGACACUCAAAUAUGGAGAUGCUCCAGUCAGAGCAAAGCACGGAAAUUAUUUCCCAGUGAGCUUCUCCUGAGGGCCAAGCACUGUGAUAGGUGCGAGGACUCCAGUGGUGACUUGAGCAGACAGAACCCCAAUCCCUUGGGAUUAUAACCUGGCUUGUUCUGGAUGCUCUGCUUUCAUUAAUGGAAUUUAGAGAACAUUAGAUUUUCUAAGCAGCCACAUCACACUAUUUGGCCCAUAGUGAGUUUUCAGGCAACUAAAACCCCUAAAGUCUUAUUUUUUCCUUUUUUGAACUUCCAGAAUCAAAUUUAUUGCAAUACAAUUCAAUGGACAUUUUACAUGAAACCACCCUUCUCUCCAAUUACAUACUUGUUCAUUUCACAUUUUGAACCUUAAUGGAGAGUUGUACUUUCGUUGAUUUCAGCUUUUCCAUUCUAUCUCGCCACCUAGUUUACUUUCAGCAUCUUUUGUUAUAAAUCCACUUUGGCAACAGGAUAAACCUCUAUUUCAAGGUAUCUAGGAAGCUUUUUUUUUUGCAAGCCAGAAGUCCAAAUUCAAAGUGAAAAUUUUUCUCUCUGUGUUGGCUCAGGGGGAAGAUCCUUGUCAUUAAGCUUCCCGGGUCAAGGAGCUUCUCAGCGCAAAGAAUGGGUCCAAAGAAUGCACUAUCCUCCUGGCACUUGUUUCUUGGUGAUAUGAGGUCCCCAUGUCUAUCUGUUCAUUUUCUCUUUUAUAGCUCAAAAGAGAUUGGUUUAAAACAACCUAAUCUUGUAGACUGAGUCAUGCCUCAUUCAUAUAACUGCCACUAAUCCCAACUCAUUAACAUCAUAGAGGUAGGAUUUAUAACACAAAAUCACAUCAGAUGACAAAAUGGCGGACAAUCACACAACACUGGGAAUCAUGGCCUAGCCAAGUUGACAGAUAUUUUGGGGAGACACAAUUUAAUCCAUGACACAGGGAUUGGCAAACUAUGGUCUAUGGGUGAAAUCCAACCUACCACCUGUUUUUGUAGAUAACAGUUUUAUUGAAACAUAGCGUGCCCACUGGCUUACAUAUUGUCUAUGGCUGCUUUCUCAAUAAAGGGGCAGAGUUGAGUAGUCACAGAGACUGUAUGGCUCACAAAGCCUAAAACAUUUACUAUGUGACUCUUGACAGGAAAACUUUGCUACUCCCUGUUUUUUUUUUCUCUGUUUAAGUGGUUAAAGUUCUCUCUGUCUUAGCUAUCUAUUAUGUUCCUGGAAAACAUGAUCUGAUCUGACCUAUCAUAUCUGAAUCUGUUGUAUCUGAUUUAAUAAACAGCCUUAGGCUCUCAAGAUUGGUGUCUUGUCAAACAAUUCUGAUGUUUGAAUCCUCUCAACCACAGUUCUACCAGAGAUGGGAAACUAAUCCCCUUUGGGGUAGUCCAUUCCAUUGUAUUGAGUAUCUGCUCUGUACAAGAUGAGUUGACACAGAGUUGAAUAAGGCGUGGUCUUUCAUUAUUUUUAGUUUGUGAAGACAUGUACAGAGAUAACUGAUUUGUGGCAAAAGAUGAAUGCAGUGGUAGAAAGUGACGUGUCAUAAAAACUCCCUAUAAUUGUACGGAAUUUGUUCAUCAUCUCAGAGUAUCAUGGCAUCACUGUGGAAAAGAGAUUGUUAUCCUUGUUUUACAGGUGGCAACCAAAGCUCAGAGAGUGAGGGAUUUAUCCAGGAUCACCAGCCCAUAUGCAGAAGAGAAGCAGGUAGGUCCUCUGAUAGCAAGUCCUGGGCUUUUUCCAUAAUAAACACUGUAAUGGAUUGAAUUGUGUCCCCCAAAAAUAUGUGUUGGAAAUCCUAAACUCUAUGCCUGUGGCCAUAAUCCCAUAUGAAUGGGCUGCCUUUGUUAUGUUAAUGAGGCAGAAUUACUGUAAGGCGUAUCUUGAGUUAAUCUCUUUUGAGAUAUAAAAGAAAUUAAACAAGUAAGCUAGGAAGCAGAGAUGGGGGAAGCAAAAUGCCAAGCCACAUGAAGAUCGCCCAGGAUCAUAAGCUCAAAGAGACAAGGACCUUCCUCUAAUGAUAAAUAAAGCCUUCCACUAGAGCUGGUACCCUGAAUUUGGACUUCUAGACUCCUAAACUGUGAGAAAAUAAAUUUCUGUUUGAUUAAGCCACCCAUUUGUGAUAUUUCUGCUAUAGCAGCACUGGAUAACUAAGAAUUUUGUGCCAGAAGAGUAUGAUGCUGCUCUAACAGACACCCAAAAUGUGGAAGUAGUUUUGGAAUUGGGUUAUAGGUAGAGGCUGAGUUUUAAGGUGUCUCAUAGGAAAAGCCUAGAUUACCUUGAAGAGACUGUUGGUAGAAUUAUAAACAUCAAAGGCGAUUCUAGUAAAGGAUCAGAAGGAAGUGAAGAGAGCUAUAGAGAAAGUCUCUGUCAUCUUAGAGAAUACAUAUGGUGCCAGCAACAGAAUGUUGCUAGAAAUGUGAAUCUUAAAUGUGCUUCUGAUGAGACUUUAAAAGAAAAUGAUUAGACAAUGGAGGAAGAGCAAUGCUUUUUAUGCAGUGGCAAAGAACUUGUCUGAAUUAUGUUCAGGUGUGGCCUCCUAGGUUUCAAAGAGUCAGAUCUUCACCAACUCGGUUCUGGAGUGUGGGACUGCUAUUAAGGUGUGCCAGGGGGGUGGGGCCGCUUCCCACAGCUGAGGAGGAGGGGCUGCCAUCUUCAAAGGCCAAAAGAACCGGGAUUGCGGGGGAGGGGGCAAUAGGGUGGGAUCGACACUUAGAAGGUCUAGGAGAAUGGGGCCACCUAAAGCUGAGAGAGCAGAGUUACCAUCCCAGAAGACCUGGAAGGCGGAGCUGAAGCCCGGGGCCACGGGCCUCUGACCAAAAUCCAGAGGACAUGGACAACUACCAGAGUCUGGAGGGUGAGGCCAUUGCCCAGAUCAUCCCAAGGAACAGAGGAUUAUUUUCAAGACUUGGGAGCUAAUGUAAAUUUUUCUUCUGGGUUUUGUACUUGGUUGGAACCUGUUGUCCCUUCUUUCCCUCCAGUUUCUCCUAUUUGUAAUGGAAAUGUCUACUUUAUGCCUAUUCCACCAUUGUACUUUGGAAACAAGCAAUUAACUUGUAGUCUAGAUUUCACAGAUGAAGAGGAAUUUUGCCCCAGGGGGAAAUAUGCUUUGAUUUAGAUGACUCAGAAGAUGAGAUUUUGGUCUUGAAGCUGCUUUAAGACUUUUGGGAUGAUGUGAUGGGGUGAAUGUGUUUUACACGUGUGAAGGACAUGGAUUUUCGGGAGCUGAAGGGUAGAAUAUUAUGGAUUUAAUUGUGUAUCCCAAAAAUUUGUGUUGUAAAUUUCAACUUCUAUGCCUGUGGCUAUAAUUCCAAUUGAAUGGGUUGUCUUUGUUAUGUUAAUGAGGCAGGAUUAUUGUAGGGUGUAUCUUGGGUCAAUGUCUUUUGAGAUAUAAAAGAAAUUAAACAAGCAAGCUAGGAAGCAGUGAUAGGGGAAGUGAAAUGCCAAGCCACAUGAAGAUCGCCCAGAAGCAUAAGCUCAAAGAGACAAGAUCCUCCCUCUAGAGCUGACAGAGAAAGAAAGCCUUCCCCUACAGCUAGCACCCUGAGUUUGGACUUCUAGCCUCCUAAACUGUGAGAAAAUAGAUUUCUGUUUGUUUAAGCCACCCAUUUGUGGUAUUUCUGUUAUAGCAGCACUAGAUAACUAAGACAAAUACUGUGAUCAAUUCCAUUGCCAUGGGGGAAAUCUGGCCAUAAUAAUACCUAUGUCACGUGCUUGUUAUGAUAUCAAAUCAGAUAUUUAUGUGGGAAUAACUGAAACCAUUCAAGUGGCAGCUGGAUGCCAGUGUAAUCUAAGUUUUUCCAUGCCUUCCUGGUCUGUACAUAUACAUGAAAUUAAAUUGACAGUAAUAAUCCAAAUUUGACAGACAAUUUUGCCCUAGGCUGCUUACACAGGAUCUUGGCCAUUUAUAAAUUGUCUUUCAAAUAUUUCUGGUGAUUCCUCAGGAUUCUGGGAAUUCACAUGAGCUCACUAACAAGCCCACUCCCUCUGCUGUGGUUCCUGGCUCUUCUGUUUGGCUCUGCAGGCUCACAGAGCAGCUGGGAUGCCAGAGCACAUAAGAUGCCAAGCAGGACGGUGCCCAGUGGUAAGCAAGGAAAAGUGCCUCACUCUCAUUUUGUCUUUGCAUUACACUCUGUUAUAGGGCUAUGAAUCCAAGAUCGCUUGUGCAUUUGUGUCUCUAAAGACUCCCUUGUGAAAACAGUCCCAUCCUCUUUUUCUUCUGCCCAAUAUCUGUUUUCUCCACUGGGUUCAGAUACCAGCCAGCCUGGGACCAGGCUGGGAGACCAACAUCAUCCCAUCCUCUCCAUUCCUCUUAUCUGCUCCAGGUACCUCUACGCUAACCUGUUAACCACAGACCCCCUUUGCCUCCUGAGGGUAGGUCAUGUACCUUGUGUUUAUGGAGAGGCCCUACCACUUCUCAGACAUGGCCCUGUAGGCUCAGCUGGGAAUUCUGUUACAUUGGUUUUUAAUUUUUACCCCUAGUGCAGUAAUGUGCUAUGGGCAUUUGGAAACCAGAGACAAUGUCACAAAGGAAAUGUCAUUUGAACUGGGAUUUGAAAGUUGGAAAUAUUUUGACAGGAAAGAUGGAGAAAACAGCAGUCUAGACAGAGGACGCCCCAUGAAAACCACAGUGCAGGGAACCAACUUUGGCUUGAUUUAAGUGUCAGAUCUAUGGAGGGGAGCAAUGGGAGUUAAGUCUGGAAAGGUAGUUAGAGCUAGUCUGCUUGAGGGGGGCAGGAGAACAGAUCUUUUCACUUUGGUGGACAAUGGUGAGUCAUGGAACGUUACUUAAUAAGGAAGGAACAGCUGUGGUUUGGGAGAAUUGAAAAAGCAGCAGCGGAAAUGAUGGCUGGGGGUUGGGAUGAGGGCUGUGGUGGUACUAAGGCAAGGCAGGGCAGCUGGCUGGCUGUGAAACUAACUUCCCUUCUUAAUUUGGAGAGUGGAGAUAAUCCCAAUUUUUUUUGAGGGUUUUGAGGAUUGAGCAAGAUUAUCAGAAAGUUUUAAAGAUUGUAUCACACUCAUUGUUGUUGUUAGUUGCUGUUGAGUCAAUUCCAACUCAUGACAACCCUAGGUGUGCAGAAUAGAACUGCUCCAUAGGGUUUUUAAGGCUGUGACCUUUUGGAAGCAGAUUGCCAGGCCUUACUUCCAAGGUGCCGCUGAGUGAGUUUGAACUGCCAACCCUUCAGUCAGUAGUCCUGUGCUUAACCAUUUGCACCGCCAAGGGACCUAUCCAACUCAAAGAGGUAGCUAAUGUAUACCUGUUAAACGCAAUGAUACGGGUUAUAAAUUUCCUCUUUUGUGUUCAGUCGGUAUUUGUUAACCUACUUUUCUACCCAUGAAUGUAGAGAUAAGAGUUACAUCCUUUCACUGUCUUAACUGACUGUCAAAGAUUGAAUUGUGUCCCCCAAAAGCAUCUGUCAACUUGGCUAGACCGUGAUUCCCAGUAUUGUGUGAUUGUCCACCAUUUGUCAUCUGAUGUGAUUUUCCUACUUUUUGUAAAUCCCCUCUAUGAUGUUAAUGAGAUGGGAUUAGUGGCAGUUAUGUUGAUGAGGCAGAACUCAAUCUACAAGAUUAAGUUGUGUCUUAAUCCAGUCUCUUUUUGAGGUAUAAAAGAAAGAAGCAAGCAAAGAGAUGUGGGGACCUCAUACCACCAAGAAAGUAGUGCAGAAGAGUACGUCCUUUGGACCAGGGAUUCCUGCACUGAGAAACUCCUAGACCAGGGGAAAAUUGAUGACAAAGACUCUCCCCCAGAGCCAAUGGAGAAAGCCUUCCCCUGGAGCUGGCAUCCUGAAUUCAGACUUCUAGCCUCCUAAACUUUGAAAGAAUAAUUUUCUCUUCGUUAAAGCCAUCUACUUGUGGUAUUUCUAUUUUAGCAGCACUUUUAGAUAACUAAGACACUGGCUUUCUGUUUACCUUAUCUUUUUGAUAUUGCUUGUAAAUUUAAUUUACUUUUUAGAAAUUUGAAGUCCCACCAUGCUGCCUCUGAAUCCAAGGCUCCUCCUGGACCAGCUCUGACAGCCAAAUAAAGAUGCUUUGACUAAACCCCAAACCAAACCCACUGCCACUGAGUUGAUUCCUGCUCAAAGCGACCCUAUAGGACACAGUAGAACUGCCCCAUACAGUUUCCAAGGCAUAAAUCUUUACAGAAGCAGACUGCCACGUCUCUCUUCUGCAGAACAGCUGGUGGGUUUGAACUGCUGACCUUUGGCUAGAAGCUGAGUGCUUUAACCACUAUGCCACCAAGGCUCGUGUUUUGACUAGUAUAGUUUUUACACUGAACUAUUUGCUAAGAUGAAAGACAUUAGUUAAAGACAGUGAUUAAUACAUUCUUAAGUUAUAAAUAGCAAGUAUAUGAAAAUCCCAAUUUAUUACUGCUUUAAGGGUGUUUUCAUAGUGGUGGAGGG